AUGAAGCGGGCCAUGGCGGCUGUUCUGCUAGUAUUAUUAUCGUUACUCGUUCAUUCAAAUGCCGAAGAAGAAGCUUUCGAUGUUCGCCAACACCUUUCUACUGUUUCCAGAUACGGUGUCGUUAAAGGCAUUGCGGACAGUUCAUUUGUUCCAUCGAAGAUUCCAAAUGGAUGUACUCCUAUCCACUUAAAUCUUGUGGCAAGGCAUGGAACUCGUUCUCCUACCAAAAAGCGGAUUAAAGAGUUGGACAACUUGGCAACUCAUAUGGAGGUUUUACUGAGGGAAGCUGAAGAACAGAACCUGUCUUUGGAAAAACUUCCUGGUUGGUUAAAGGGUUGGAAGUCUCCUUGGAAAGGAAAACUGAAAGGUGGAGAAUUAACUAUCCAAGGAGAGGAUGAACUCUAUGAUCUUGGGAUCAGGACUCGAGCAAGAUUUCCAAAUUUGUUUAAUGAUGAUUACCAUCCAGAUGUUUAUGCAAUAAAGGCAACACAGGUCCCUCGGGCAUCAGCCAGUGCUGUGGCAUUUGGCAUGGGAUUGUUUAGUGGGAAAGGAAGUCUUGGACCAGGGCGUCAUCGAGCUUUUGCUGUAACCAGUGAAAGCCGUGCAAGUGAUACAAAGCUAAGGUUUCAUGAUUGUUGUCAAAACUACAAGGCAUUUAAGAAAAGUCAGGAGCCUGCUGUUGAUAAGCUUAAGGAACCCGUUUAUGAUGAAAUAACUUCUGCAUUAAGAAGGCGCUACAGGUUGAAUUUUACAAGGCAGGAUACAACUUCUCUGUGGUUUCUGUGCAAACAGGAAGCGUCCUUGUUGAAUAUAGUUGAUCAAGCUUGUGCACUUUUCAGCCCUUCUGAGGUUUCUUUGCUGGAAUGGAUGGAUGAUUUGGAGGCCUUUAUAUUAAAGGGAUAUGGUAAAUCAAUAAACUACAGAAUGGGAGUGCCCUUACUUGAAGAUGUUGUGCAGUCCAUGGAGCAGGCUAUUAAGGCUGAAGAAGAAAAACAUGCUCCUGGUAGUAAUGAGAAGGCGAGACUACGGUUCGCACAUGCAGAAACUGUCAUUCCAUUUUCAUGCCUACUUGGACUUUUUCUUGACGGAUCUGAAUUUGAAAAAAUACAGAGGGAACAGGCCUUGCCACACCCUCCAAAGCCUCCCCAGAAGAGAAAUUGGAGGGGCCACACUGUGGCACCUUUUGGUGGGAAUAACAUGCUGGUUCUGUACAGUUGUCCAGCCAACACAUCAAACAAGCACUUUGUGCAAGUGCUGCACAAUGAACAUCCUAUUCCAAUGCCAGGUUGUGAUGGUACUGAUUUCUGUCCACUUGAUGUUUUUAAGGAAAGAAUUGUUGCUCCUCAUUUGAAGCAUGACUAUAAUUCUGUGUGCGAUGUAAAACUAGAACAACAGGAGCAGAAGCCUGUUGCUAGUAAGUUAUCUCAACUGUUCCGUUGGAUGUUCUCACUGGGGAAUGGUGAGAAAAGUUCCCUCGAUGAAUUGUAG